GCGACACUGUGAGUGAAUUUUCUACAUUUCCCUGCAUGCUGAUGCAUCUUCUACCGAAAAUUUUGAUUAUUUUCCGUGACAUAUAGUGAAGUAGUAUAAUAUCCCACGAUGCCUACUGUGAUAGGUUUUGAAGGCAGUGCUAACAAGCUUGGUAUAGGAAUCGUCAAAGAUGGAGAAGUCUUAUCUAACCCUAGACACACCUAUAUCACUCCACCUGGUGAAGGUUUCCAACCUCGAGAUACUGCCAGGCACCAUCAACAGCAUAUCAUGUCUAUUUUGAGAAGGGCUUUAGAUGAAGCUAAACUAACCCCAAAGGAUAUUGAUUGUGUCUGCUAUACAAAAGGUCCAGGAAUGGGUGCUCCUCUGGUGUCUGUUGCUGUAGUAGCGAGGACGGUGGCCCAACUCUGGAAUGUACCUAUUAUCGGAGUCAAUCAUUGUAUAGGCCACAUUGAGAUGGGGAGACUGGUAACAGGUGCUCAGAAUCCAACAGUGCUAUAUGUCAGUGGUGGUAACACACAAGUAAUAGCCUACUCACAACAUCGCUACAGAAUAUUUGGUGAAACUAUCGACAUAGCUGUUGGAAAUUGUCUUGAUAGAUUUGCAAGAAUAUUAAAGCUUUCUAAUGAUCCAAGCCCUGGGUAUAAUAUUGAACAGAUGGCCAAGAAGGGAAAGCAGUACAUAGAGCUUCCUUAUGUAGUGAAGGGCAUGGAUGUUUCUUUCUCUGGUUUACUCUCAUUCAUUGAGGAUGUGGCUCAUAAGAAAUUAAAAACAAAAGAAUGUACCCCAGAAGAUCUGUGUUUCUCAUUACAGGAAACCAUCUUUGCUAUGCUGGUUGAAAUCACAGAGAGAGCUAUGGCACACUGCGGCUCAUCUGAAGUACUCAUUGUAGGUGGUGUCGGAUGUAAUAUGAGACUACAGGAGAUGAUGGGAUUGAUGGCUGAAGAGAGAGGGGCAACACUGUGUGCUACCGAUGAUAGAUACUGUAUCGACAAUGGAGCCAUGAUAGCCCAGGCUGGUUUAGAGAUGUUUAAUUCUGGUAUAAUCACUCCUUUAGAAGAAACAUGGUGUACCCAGAGGUAUCGAACAGAUGAGGUAGAGGUUGCUUGGAGAGACUGAUAACCCAACUCACAGAGAAUAAGUUCACCGUCAAUGGGAGGACCUGGCUAAAUAUCUUACAUGAAGCAGAGAAAUGGCACCAGUCUUCUCAUUGAACUGAUGUUUGGUUGAUAUCACCAAAAUGGUACCAGUCUUUUGAUUGAUUGGCUGAUGAUGGAGACCUAUUCUGGCCGUGAAGGGAGUUUAUGAUUGGUUGAUCGAUGAAGACCACAUGGCUGACCCACUGCCAUAAGCCAUUGUGAGUCAAUCAUCCAUCGCUUAUUUUGACUGUAAAAUAUUAUGGCUAAGUUCCAUCUAGCUUGCGGGAAUACAGUUGACAACAUGGGUGAUUCCGGAAGUGAAAAAAAUGUCCAUCUGCAGCACAUGUGCAGUGAGUGGAAACCACAUGCAUGUCAUAGCUUGAUGGUGCAGAUAUCAACAUGAAAACUUGUACCUUGCUCAAAUCAUUUUGUUACAAGGAUAUUUUUUCAGAGUCUUCAGUGUAAUGCUGGGUUUACAAACUUUAGUAGAGAAUAGUGCUCAUCCCCAGAAGGUAUCCUCAGGGUAUAUGUUUAUCUAUUCUAUAUUCACAGGGUAGCUAUCAGCAGGGACCUCAAGCACCUGUUAAAAUAAGGUAAAAGAUGGUAGUUGAAGCAAAUAAUUAUUUCAUGAGAAAGUCUUUUAAAUCAAUGAAGGUUUAUUAUUAAAUU